AAAAAGAAAAACAUUUCAAAAUGUUUUCAUAUACACAACAAAUGUGAAGAAAUUUGUGUAUCAUAAACAAAUAUUAAACUUUUUGAAUAUGAAUAAUAAAACAAGUAUCUCAAUGCGCAUAUAUUAUAUGCCAAAUAAAAUUUGUCGAAAACAAUAUUUUGACAAUCAAAGACCAAGAAUUUGGAGAAUAUAUUCUCUUGUAUUUUUGAAUACGUCAAUCAUCAUUGAGAGGCCAAUCAAUGUUGGAGAAAGUAUUUACAGAGUUUCAAGUUUAUAAGUUUAGCAUAUUGUUCGAAGUUUAAACCAAUGAGAAGACUACUGCUUAGUGAUGCCGCUUCCGAUUGCGAACGACCAAUCAGCAUCAUUCGUAAUUCCAGUGCUUUCAUCGUCAACCGCGUUUGUAUUCGUGUAGCGAAUUGGAAGUGGGACACAGACACAUUUCGAUAAAAGGACUCAAUGGGAAUGGACGAACGUUGGGAUCACAGUACAUUAUUGACAAGAGUGCAUGUUCUCGUAUAUCUUUUUAUUAAGUCUUUUUAAAUAAAAAUAUAGAAACGAACUAUAUUCAUAAUCAGUGAAAUAUUCACUUUUCAUAACCACGUGAUCUUCUAAGCACGUUAACAAAUCGACACAAUAGGAGCUUCUUCAAAAUUUACAGCUUCUUCGAAAAUUCUUUUCGAAUUUGCCUUAUAUUUGCAACUCAUUUUUGAGAUAUCCUUUCUUCAAAAAUGGCAGACUUUUUAGAUUCUGAAGCGGAAGAAAGCGAGGAGGAGGAGGAACUUGAUCAAAAUGAGAAAAAGAAGCUCAAAAAAAUAAAAGCUGUCGAAGAAAGUGACGAAGAAGAUGAAGAUGACGAAGAAGAAGUCCAAGACUUGAUUGAUGAUAAUCCAAUAGAAGAAGAAAGUGAUGGAGAGGACAGUGAUACUUCUGGUGGUACAAAAAAGAGAAAAAAGAGUGAUGAUGAAGAUUUUGAUGAUCGACUGGAGGAAGAAGAUUAUGAUUUGAUAGAAGAAAACUUGGGUGUCAAACUUGAAAGAAAACGCAGAUUUAAACGUCUAAGAAGAAUACAAGAUGAAGAAUCAGAAGAUGAACAGGAAAAGGAACCAGAAGAAGAGCGAGAUGCUAUUGCAACUGAAUUAUUUGAAGGCUCUGGUGAUGAAGAAGAACGACGAAGUGAACGUAGUCAUAGACCAGAAGUGGAGACACUUGAUGAAGAAGGAAGUGAAGGUGAUGAUGAUAUGAAUGAUUUUAUUGUCGAUGAGGAUGGAAGAUCUCUUGCAGAAAAACGUAUGAAAAAGAAACCAAUAUUCUCAGAUGCUGCACUACAAGAAGCACAAGAUAUUUUUGGGGUAGAUUUUGAUUUUGAUGAGUUUGGUAAAUUUGGAGAAGAAGAUUAUGAAGAAGAAGAAGAAGAAGAAGAAGAAGAUGAAUAUUUGGAUGAUGAUGUUGAUGAAAGACCAAGAAGACCAAAGAAACAAUUUAAAAAGAAAAGCACAAGGAAAAGUAUUUUUGAAAUAUAUGAGCCAAGUGAGCUGAAGAGAGGUCAUUUCACAGACUUAGAUAAUGAGAUUCGUAAUACAGACAUUCCCGAACGAAUGCAACUUCGUUCUGUUCCCUUUACACCUGUAGCUGAAGGUUCUGAUGAAUUAGAUCUUGAAGCAGAAUGGAUAUAUAAACAAGCAUUUUGCCGACCUACCAUCUCUGUUCAAGAUGCUCACUUAAAUGAAGAAGCUAAAGAAAGAGCUAAGAAAGGUCCACAAACUAUUGGGAAAAUCAAAAAAGCUUUAGAUUUUAUGUGCAAUCAAAAUUUUGAGGUCCCUUUCAUCUCAUUUUAUAGAAAAGAAUACGUACUUCCAGAGCUAAAUAUCAAUGAUUUAUGGAAAGUAUAUAAAUUUGAUGCCAAAUGGUGUCAGUUACGUCAACGAAAAGAAAAUUUAUUAAAAUUAUUUAAAAAGAUGAGAAAUUAUCAGUUGGAUGAAAUUAUGAAAAAUCCUGAUGCUCCAUUACCUGAUAAUGUGAGAGUAAUAAAAGAUGAUGACAUUGAACGUCUUAAAAAUAUUCAAACAAGCGAAGAAUUAAAUGAUGUUUAUCAACAUUUUAUGCUUUAUUAUAGUCAUGAGAUACCAGCUAUGCAGGAAGUUGUACGUCAGAAAGAAAGAGAAGCCCGUCGUGAAGCUAGAAUCCAAAAGAGAAAACAACAAAUCGCUGAAGCAGAAGAAAAUGGUGAAAAUCCUCCAGAAGAAGAUAUAGAAGCAGCAGAAGAGGAAGAAGAACCAGAUGAAACAUUAAAACAAGCAGUGAGAAGUGGACCUUACUCUACAUGUAGAAAAGCAGGCUUAGAUGCUCUUGCUAAAAAGUUUGGUCUUACUCCUGAACAUUUUGCAGAAAAUCUUCGUGAUAAUUAUCAACGUCACGAAGUGGAUCAGGAACCUACAGAACCCAUUACGGUUGCAAAUGAUUUUUGUAGUUUAAGAUUCAAAACCCCAGAUGAAAUUCUCAAAGCUGCACAAUUAAUGGUUGCAAUGCAGUUGGCACGUGAACCAUUAGUACGCAAAUGUGUCAGAGAAAUGUAUAUGGAAAGAGCAAAGAUAUCAAUAAGACCUACAAAGAAAGGUAUUAAAGAAAUAGAUGAGAACCAUCCUAUAUACUCUAUGAAAUAUCUUAAAGACAAGCCGGUGCGUGAUCUUGUGGGAGAUCAGUUUUUAAAAUUGAUUAUAGCUGAAACAGACAAACUUAUUACUAUUUCGCUUAGUGACACAAUAGAAGGAAAUACAACAAGCAAUUAUGUUGAUGAAAUGAAGCAGCUUUAUUAUAGAGAUGAAUUCAGCAAAAAUGUUCAAGAUUGGAAUGCUUUAAGAGUUGGAAGUGUAGAAAUGGCUCUGAAUCGUAUGGUAAUACCACUUUUGAAAAAAGAAUUGAGAACAAAUCUUGUUAUAGAAGCAAAGGAAUGUGUAAUGAGAGCAUGUUGUCGUAAAAUGUAUAAUUGGAUUAAAGUAGCUCCAUAUACUUGUGAAUUCCCUGAAGAAGAAGAUGAAGAAUGGGACACAAGUAAAGGUCUUCGAGUGAUGGGUUUAGCUUAUGUACCUGAUUAUUCUCAAGCUGCUUUUACGUGCAUAGUUUCUGCUGAUGGUGAAUGUACAGAUUAUGUAAGAUUACCACAUUUGCUGAAGAGAAAAAAUAGUUUUAGGGAAGAUGAAAAAGUCAUGAAAGAAGCUGAUUUAUUAGCACUUAAAAAUUUUAUUGCAACAAAAAAACCUCAUGUAGUUGUCAUAGGUGGUGAAUCAAGAGAAGCAUUAAUGAUAGCAUCUGAUGUAAAGGAAUGUAUUUCGAAUCUAAUGGAGGAUGAACAAUUUCCCGGCAUUCAAGUUGAGAUAUGUGAAAAUGAACUUGCUAAGAUUUAUUCCAAUAGUAAUAAAGGUAUAUCUGAAUUUAGAGAUUACCCGGAAUUACUACGACAAGCUAUAUCUUUAGCAAGAAGAAUGCAGGAUCCUUUAGUAGAAUUUUCUCAAUUAUGUACUGCAGAUGAAGAAAUACUAUGCCUUAAAUAUCAUCCAUUACAAGAUCAGCUUCUUAAGGAAGAGCUUUUAGAAAAUUUGUAUUUAGAAUUUGUAAAUAGAGUAAAUGAAGUUGGUGUUGAUGUUAAUAAGGCUGUGCAACAAGCUUAUUCAGGAAAUUUAGUACAAUUUAUAUGUGGCUUGGGUCCUAGAAAAGGGCAAGCAUUAAUUAAAAUAUUGAAACAAACUAAUCAAAGAUUGGAAAAUAGAACACAACUUGUAACAGCCUGUCAUAUGGGACCUAAAGUGUUUAUCAAUUGUGCUGGCUUUAUAAAAAUUGACACAAAUAGUUUAGGAGACAGUACAGAAGCAUACGUAGAAGUAUUAGAUGGUUCAAGAGUGCAUCCUGAAACAUAUGAAUGGGCAAGAAAAAUGGCAGUAGAUGCUUUGGAAUAUGAUGAUGAGGAUGCAAAUCCAGCUGGUGCUUUAGAAGAAAUUCUAGAAUCACCAGAAAGAUUGAAAGAUUUAGACUUGGAUGCAUUUGCAGAAGAAUUAGAAAGACAAGGCUUUGGCAAUAAAUGCGUUACAUUGUAUGAUAUUAGAGCUGAAUUAAAUUCUAGAUAUAAAGAUUUACGUAUACUAUAUCAAUCUCCAAGUCCAGAAAAAUUAUUUGAUAUAUUAACUAAAGAAACACCUGAAACAUUCUAUAUAGGUAAAUUGGUGUUAGCAACAGUGGUUGGUAUAAGUCAUAGAAAACCACAAGGAGAACAAUUAGAUCAAGCCAAUCCAGUCAGAAAUGAUGAAACUGGUUUAUGGCAGUGUCCAUUCUGUCUUAAGAAUGAUUUUCCUGAGCUUUCAGAAGUGUGGAAUCAUUUUGAUGCAGGAGCUUGUCCAGGAAAGGCUACAGGUGUAAGAUUAAGAUUAGACAAUGGAAUAUCUGGCUAUAUUCAUAUUAAAAAUUUAUCUGAUAAGCAUGUUGCUAAUCCUGAAGAAAGAGUAAGCAUAGGCCAAGUAAUUCACUGCCGCAUUAUCAAAAUCGAAGUAGAACGUUUUAGUGUGGAAUGUACGAGCAAAAGCAGCGAUCUCGCGGACAAAAAUCAUGAGUGGAGGCCACAAAGGGAUCUUUAUUAUGAUACAGAGACACACGAUCAAGACGUAAAGAUAGAAGAGGAUGCUAAGAAAGUGAAACAACGUCAGACAUACGUAAAACGUGUUAUUAUACAUCCAUCUUUCCAUAAUAUUAGUUUUGCAGAAUCAGAGAAGUUAAUGCAAAAUAUGAAACAAGGAGAAGGCAUAAUAAGGCCAAGCAGUAAAGGUGCCGAUCACUUGACUGUAACGUGGAAAGUAACAGAUAAUAUUUAUCAACACAUUGAUGUAAGAGAAGAAGGCAAAGAAAACGCAUUUUCCUUGGGACAUAGUUUAUGGAUAGGUAAUGAAGAAUUUGAAGAUCUAGAUGAAAUAAUUGCUAGACACGUCAAUCCAAUGGCUGCAUAUGCUUCGGAAUUAUUAGAUUUUAAAUAUUAUAAAGCAAAUGUGGAAGGUGUAAAAGAUAAAGCCGAAGAUAUAUUGAAAGAACAAAAGAAACAAAAUCCAGGAGGAAUUCCAUAUAUUAUAUCUGCAGCUAAGAAUUAUCCAGGAAAAUUCCUCCUUUCAUAUUUACCCAGAAUUCGAUGCCGUCAUGAAUACGUUAGCGUUUCACCAGAUGGCUUUAAAUUUAGAGGACAAAUGUUUAGUAGAGUUAAUGAUUUAUUCCGUUGGUUCAAAGAACAUUUUCGAGAUCCAAUACCUGGCCAAUCUACACCAGGUACUCCACAUGGUGCUUUGACUUCCAGGACACCGUAUCACACUACACCUGGUGCAGUUACAGGAAUGAAUCAAGAUGCAAUACAAAGAGUGGCACAAAAUUUACCACAUCAUAUGUUGCAUUCCUUGUCGCAAGUAGCAAAUCAGACACCACAUCAUUAUCCACCACAUACUCCAGGGGCAGCUAGUACCACAGCUUAUGGUGGAAUACAUACGUAUCCAAAUACACCUUAUACUCCUUCUGGACAAACUCCAUUCAUGACUCCAUAUCAAACACCCCAUCAUACUCCACAUCACGCGCAACAAACGUCAAACCAUCAUCAAGGUCAAUUCUUACAUCCAGUAUCGUCUUCGAUACCAUCUGUAACUCAAAGAUCAAUGCGAUCUCACAGACCUACUCCAUCUAUGUCUACACCCUCAUCUGGAGAUGCCAUGGAUUGGAGUAAAGCAGCAGAAGCAUGGGCUCGUUUGAAACAAUCCACUCCACGAGGAUCUGGCAGCACUCCAAGGUAUGAGGAAUCUAGGAAAACACCAAGAAAUUAUGAAGAUUCCACUGGAAGGACAACUCCAAGAAAUAGAACUCCGUCUAAUCGUACGCCAUCGUAUAAAUCACCACGAGGCACACCAUUUACCAAUUCUAGUCCACGAAGUAUGUCUCUUAGUGGAGAUGGUACUCCUUUAUACGACGAAAGUUAACCCAUUAAGGUUAAGAUUAAAUUAAAUCAUGGAUUAACGAAUGAUUAAUAUGUACAAUUGGUAUAGACCUUCAUACAUUUUUCAUGUAUUUUAUAUAAUGGCGAAUGGUGAUGUAUGUGUAUAAAUGUGUGCGUGUGUGUAAAAUAUACUAUAUAAUAAAAAAAAUUUUAAUCGUAAAUAAUAAUUAUUGGUUUUCUCAACUAUUUCUUUAUUUUAAUUAAUAUUUUACUCUAAUUCUAAUUCGUCUGUAUAUAAUGCUUUAUUUAUUAUGAAAGUACUUUAAGAUAUAAAAUGGAAAGAACGUUGUCUUCAUGGAAAAUCAUCAAAACCAGUUUUCUACCUCUUUUCCAUAUUUGGAAACACAUUUUUAAAGCCUGUAUAGAGAUACAACGGUCACUACUACCCACGCGUUCAAGCUUUCGUUAUAAGAGGCGCAGACAUGAUUCAUCCGGAAUGAAUUUUUUUUUGGUAAUUCAACCGUUAACUGCUAUGAAAAAAUACAAUAGUUUUUAUUCUCCAGUAUAAACAUGAGAAAAAUGUAAAUAAAAUGUAGAUUUCAAAACAGUUAUCAAACAUAAUAUAUUAUAGUUUAAGAGAAAAAGGAAAUAUUUUUCAAAUGUUUUUACGUAUAACAAUUUGUGAAGAAAUUUGUUUAAUAAAAACAAAUAUAAAACUCUUCGAGUAUGAAUAAAAAGAAAACAAUCGUUUCAAUGCGCAUGUAUUAUACGCGAAAGAAAAGUCGUUGAAAACGUAACGUUUUGACAAUCAAAGAGCAAGAACUUAGAGAAUUAUCUCCUGCUGAGUUCUUGAAUACAUCAAUCAUCAUUGAGAGACAGAAAUCAUUUCGCGCGUAGAAACAACGUCGGUCGAAGUGUUUACCGCGUAUCAAGUUUAUACGUUUAACAUAUCAUUCGAAAUUCAAACGGGCCAAUGAAAAUAAGAGUGUUCAGUAGUGCCAUUCCCGAUGGCGUUACGAUCGCGGACAUUGACCAAUUGGGGUCGUUCGUAUUUCCAGAGCUUUCAUCGGUAAUCGCAUGUGUGUUCGUACGUGUAGCGAAUCGGAGGGCAACAGUGGGACACACGAUAAAAGCAGCCAGCGGAGACGGACCAACGUUCAGAUCACAGUGCAUUAUUGACGAGAGUGUGUGCAGUUUCUUCUUUAUUUUUCAUUAUAAAAAAAAAAACCACAAUUAUCUCGACGAAGCGAGCUUCAUCAUAAUUCAUCUUUACCGUUGAAAUAAUAAUUUCAAAAGGUAAACACCUAGCUAUGGCUACCGCAGCAGAAUCACCCGUCACCAACGAAUGUGACGGUAGGAACACACCCUAAAGACUGCAGAAAACAUUGCGCGGAUAGUCGCUGCGAGGAGAGAGGGGGAGAAGGUCAGAGCCCUCUAUUGGUGUCCUCGGAGGAGUGCAGGCUACGUUUUACCGUGGCAACUGCAGUACGAGUCGACUGCUGCAGUGGUUGUACGAGUUAGCCUAUGCCUGUCUCUGCUUGCUUACUUGCUUUUCAGGGGUUCUCAUCCUUCAGCUAGAAUGGACCACAGAAAAUGUCGUUAACCUUUAUCGAUUCGUUAUCAACUACUUGCUUUCCCAGUCACCUUCGGCGAUAUUAUUAACGAACACAUAGAUGUUACAUGAACCGAAGUUAUCUUCAUAGCUGACCUUUCAUAUCUUUGAUCUCGAUCUAAAAAUCUAGAAUCAAAGGAGGAAUAGAAAACGAAGAAAUUAAAUUAAAUAUUCGUCCACGAAUAAAAGGAAUGAUAACUUUUUUCAACUUUAGAACAGAAUAUCGAAUUGAUUUCAAAGACUAGGUAUAUAUCGGCCGCGUUAAAUGGAAUUCAAGACGAAUGCUGCGGUUCUGGCACGACUCUUUCGAGGGGUCUCAGCUGCUGAAAGUGAGACGUGUAUCGAUCGUAGGAACCAGAAAUAAAGACUAAGGAAAAGAAAGAAUGAGAUAUCCGGCAUUACGUUCUGAACGUGACAAAGUCGAGUUAGAUAGUUUGACGCUUAACAUUCUGAAAGUGUACCGUUUUUAUAUUGUUCAAUUUAUCAAAUUGUUCUUUUCAUAUCAUAUUUUAUUAUAAAUUAUCAUAUAAAUCUUUUAACUUUGUUUUUUAAGAUUCGUAAAUCUAUUAAAGUCAAAUAUAUUAGAAUAUUAUCUUUUAUUUCUAUCGAAAAUAACAGAGCUUCUGGUCCUGCUAUACAAAGAAACUUGUAAGUUCCCCUCCAUUUAAAAACGAGUCAGCGUGAUAAAAAUGUGUAACCUUACUGAACGACAAGACACAUCUCUCUUUUUCUUUUCUUGUUCUGACUGCUCUCCCAAGUUUUUCAACGGUUCAUUGCUUUAUGGAAUCCAAUUAAACGCUAACAUUAAAGAAAAUGUACGCUAUUAAUUAAAGAAAAUGUACUAGUUCGUUGAUGUUGUUAUUGUUUGUAUGUAUUUUCUAUUGUUUUUAUUACGUUGUUCUUGAUCAUUCUUGGGAGUCUUCGUUGACUACAACGAUAGUCACGAAUAAUUUCCCAUGAUUGCAUGAUCUACCUAACUCCAUUUUGUUUACAUAAUUCAAUCGAUCUAUUGGGUAUUGACGAAUGGGAAAGCAAGCAAGCAAAUGAACAAACAAAAAAUGAAGUGGUUUUAUAAGCCUAACCUAUUUUUUGUAGCUUUACUUUACUCAAAAGAACUCAGAUAAUUCGAACUAAUUUAAUAUAAAUGCUAAAGUAGGCUAAUCUAAUUGAGAACAGAGAACAUUUUAUAACGUAGGUAAAUACUUUUUGCAUAAAUGUUUUUACAAAUGUUUCGAUAAAUUGAUUUACACGCAA